CAAAGAUCUGUUUUGACAGUAUAAAUAAGUAACUACUAAUCUUUAGUAGAUAAAAAUGAACAGGAAUAUAUUAAAGUUGCCUCAGGCACUUUUCACAGUGAAAAGAUUUAAUUCUUCAGUUUUAACUAAAGUACAAAUAAACGAUGGUGUCAAAGAAAUCACAAUGUGUCAUCAAAAAACAAGAAAUUCUCUAUCGCUAUCCAUGAUGCAAAACCUCCUGGAAAACAUUUCCUCAGAAAAUGAUAAUAAAAUGCUUAGAGCGAUAAUUAUUACUGCAGAAGGACCAAUUUUCUCUGCUGGUCACAAUUUGAAAGAACUGUCUGAAGAAUCAGGAAAAUUGCAACAAUUAAAAGUUUUCCAUCUGGCGUCGCAACUGAUGUAUAGCAUUAUUGAUUCUCCUUUACCAAUUAUUGCUAAAAUUGACGGUUUAGCUGCUGCAGCUGGUUGCCAACUUGUCGCACAAUGUGAUAUAGCAAUUUGCACUGAUAGAAGUACGUUUUCAACUCCAGGGGCCAACUUUGGAAUUUUUUGCUCAACUCCUGGUGUCGCACUAGCCAGAAAUGUUCAAAAGAAAACUGCCCUAAAAAUGCUUUUAACGGGCUCAACAAUAAACAGUGUUGAAGCUAAAUCUUCAGGUUUGGUGACGACUGUUUGCAAGCCUGAGGAUUUGGAUGAAGAAGUUUGCAACAUUACAAACGCGAUAAAAGCUAAAAGUAGAUCUGUUGUUGAAUUGGGCAAAAAAUUUUUUUAUGAUCAGAUCAAUUUUGAUAUUAAAAAGGCAUACGAGAUUGGCGGCAUAAAAAUGGUACAAAACUUACAAAUGUUGGACGGAAAGGAAGGUAUUAAGAGUUUUAUUGAAAAACGAAAACCUCAAUGGACUCACAAUUAAAUAAACAUUAAUUGUAAA